UGAUCCAUCUUACAGAUUUUGUUUAUCACAGAUAAACAGACGGUACUCCUCAUUAGGUAUGUUAAAGUCAUUAUACUAGCGCAACCUAGUGAGUGUUUGGCAAAACAAAUUAAAACCAUCGUGAUGCGCUGUCUUAGCCUAUGAUGUCAAAUCACCACUAUUUGAUUUGAGUUUUGGCUGAACUAUAAUUUGAAUUCAACCUGACCGUUUUGCUGGUCAAUGUUUUGAAGACCAGACUGAUGAGUGGUGCCGAACGGUCGUGAUACGAUAGCGCCCUGAUUCGCGACUCGAUUGAGUAGAAAAUUUUGUUCGAUAUUGGAUCGUUCCAUCCCAUCGUCGAAGGAAAAUGUCUACCUUUGAGGUACAGUCGGAGCUGUACGAAGAAACGGAUUUUGCCACCACGGACGCAGCAAACGGAAACAGCAUAUCUAAAUUUACAUUCGUCUAUCCGAAGCGUUUAGAGGACAGGCGUAACAAUUCAAACCAGUGGGAGAAUGGCAAAAGCAAUGAUUCUGAUUCGGAUUGCGCUGAAAAGUAUGCAAAUGGUGGAAAAUGUCUCAACGGUUCCACCAAUUCAAUCAACAAGGAUCAAGAUGAGUCGGAAAGUGUUACGGAAAACGGUGUGAGUCUCGACAAGGAUGGUGAUUUGAUCCUGGAGCGGAAAACGAAAGGCGUUAUUGAAAUAGAGCACUCGAAAUCGACGAAACUUGAUCUGGUUGGUUUGCAAAUUUGGCGCGGUGCACUGCUGCUGGCUGAUUACAUUCUGCAUUACGAGAAGCGGUUUAAAAAUAGAAAAAUCCUAGAGCUGGGAUCCGGCGUUGGCUUAACCAGCAUCGUGUCUAGUUUUUGCGCGCGCGAAGUUAUCUGCACAGACAUCAACAUCGGUGGACUGUUGAAGCUGAUUCAGGCCAACAUCGAUCGCAAUGCACACCUGAAGGAUCCAGACUGCAAUGUGGUCGUUACGGAGCUCGACUUCAAAGUCAAGUAUGAAGAUUAUUCCGAGUAUCUUAAAACUCAACUGCAAGACGUUGAAUAUGUGAUAUGUGCUGAUGUGAUUUACGACGACGAGAUCACAAACGCAUUCGUGCUCGCCCUGGAGGGAUUGCUGCUUGAGCUGCCCAAGCUAAAGGCGGUCUACAUUGCGCUGGAGAAACGAUAUGUAUUUACCGUGGAGGACAUGGAUUCGGUGGCGCCAAGCUACGAGCACUUUUUGCGCGUAUUUUACCGACGGAACAAUCGCUUUGGAAUUGCGCGCUGGAAGUUGAAACAGGUGUCGACGAACUUUCCGCGCUACUUUGAGUACGAGAAGGUCAAGGAUCUGGUGCUGUUGAAGAUCUCAAAUUGAGAACGGGAGGGUGAAAUAAAUUUUGUCCAAAACUUAUAAGAUGCGCUUUAAUUUUAGAUAUUAUUAUAAAGAUUGCAAUGUUUUUAAAGUAACCGUUAACUAAUCCGAAGCGAAGUUGCCGUUUUGAUUAUAACAAUAAUAAAAAUACUGGAACAACA